GUUCAUCCGGCACACAGCACUAGCAGCAACAUGGCGAGUAUGAGGCUGAUCGGAAUGGCAAAUGGACUUCGAUCCACCUUUGGAUUGUCCAAAAACUGCAGAUUAUUUUCGUCUUCUCAUGUGAUGAGCGGAAAAUAUGUCAACCUUGAAGUCGCUGACGAUGUCGGAGUUGUACGUUUUGACAGUCCGGAUUCAAAGGUGAACACUUUGAGCCAGGCCAUGCAGUCAGAGUUCUAUGACUGCAUCCAGCAAAUCAACAGAGAUGAAAAGAUUAAGGCUGCUGUGCUCAUCUCCAAAAAGCCAGGUUGUUUCAUCGCUGGGGCAGACAUUGGUAUGAUCGACGCAUGCAAAACGGAGGAAGAGUCUGUGAAGCUGGCACAGGCGGGCCAGGAAGCCUUCCAGGCAAUGGAGGACAGCAAAAAGCCGUUUGUGGCGGCCAUCAUGGGCACUGCUCUCGGCGGAGGACUCGAGACCACGCUGGCCUGCCACUACCGCAUCGCCAUGAACAACAAAAAGACGAGCCUUGGUCUGCCUGAGGUGUUGUUGGGUCUGCUGCCAGGUGCUGGUGGGACGCAGAGGCUGCCUCGUUUGGUGUCGGUGCCCAACGCCCUGGACAUGAUGCUGACUGGCAAGAUGAUCAAGGCCAACAAGGCCAAACGUAUGGGGCUGGUGGACAUGACCGUGGAGCCCCUAGGACCGGGCGUGGCCGACCCGGAGCAGAAUUCUCUGGCAUUCUUGGAACAGGUCGCUGUACAAACUGCCAGAGAUCUUGCUGCCGGUCGCUUGAAGAGAACUCCCCGCAAGAAGGGAAUGUCUGACAAAAUCAUGGACAAGCUGCUGGGCUACGACUUUGGCAAAAACUUUGUGUUCAACAAGGCCAAGGGACAAGUGAUGAAGAUGACGGGCGGCCUGUACCCAGCGCCACUCAAGAUCUUAGAGGUUGUGAGGACCGGCCUGGACAAGGGACUGAAGGAAGGCUACGUCGCAGAGAGAGAAGGUUUCGGCAAGCUAGCGAUGACACCCGAGUCCAAAGCCCUGAUUGGCCUGUUUAACGGACAGACGGCCUGCAAAAAGAACAGCUUUGGAAAGCCACAGAAAAAGGCCACCACUGUUGGAAUCCUGGGAGCUGGCCUGAUGGGGGCGGGGAUUGCACAGGUCUCUGUGGAUAAAGGCAUGAAGACGCUGCUGAAGGACAUGUCGCUGCAGGGUCUGGCCCGGGGCCAGGACCAGGUACAGAAGGGCUUUGACCUGUCCGUCAAGAAGAAGAAGAUAUCUAGUUUCGAGAGGGACAUGAUCAUCUCUAACCUUGACCCCACGGUGACCUAUGACGGGUUCAAGGACUGCGACAUGGUCAUCGAGGCAGUGUUUGAGGACAUUGACCUGAAACAUCGCGUCAUUAAGGAGGUGGAGGAGCAAAUCUCGCCGGACUGUAUCUUUGCCUCCAACACGUCAGCCCUGCCCAUCUCUCAGAUCGCUGCAGCCAGCAAACGGCCAGAGAAGGUGAUCGGCAUGCACUACUUCUCCCCCGUAGACAAGAUGCAGCUGUUGGAGAUCAUCACCACAGACAAAACCUCCAAGGACACCACUGCGUCGGCGGUGGACGUGGGUCUCCGUCAAGGCAAGGUCGUCAUCACGGUCAAGGACGGGCCAGGCUUCUACACCACCCGCAUCCUAGCACCCAUGGUCUCGGAGCUCUUGAGAGUUUUACAGGAGGGCAACGGCCCCAAGAAGCUGGACAAACUGACCAAAGGGUUCGGGUUCCCGGUGGGCGGAGCCACGCUGGCCGACGAGGUGGGUCUGGAUGUGGCCGCUCACGUCGCUGAGGAUCUUGGGAAGGCUUUCGGUGAACGCUUCCAGGGAGGUAACCCAGAGGUGCUGAAGGAGAUGGUCGCUGCCGGCUUUAUGGGUCGUAAGUCGGGCAAAGGCGUCUACGUGUACGAGAAGGGCAGCAAGAGCAGAGAGGAGAACGCAGAGGCCUUGACCAUCCUGGAGAAAUAUAAACUGACUGCUCCUGAAGGGUUCACUGAUGAGGACAUCCAGUACAGGCUUGUGUCGCGGUUUGUCAACGAGGCAAUCCUCUGUCUACAGGAGGGGAUCCUGGCCAACCCGCUGGAGGGUGACAUCGGAGCUGUGUUUGGACUGGGCUUCCCUCCCUUCCUUGGAGGUCCCUUCCGCUACAUUGACCUGCACGGAGCCAAACCACUGGUAGACAGGAUGCUGAAGUACCGCGACGUCUACGGGAUCGCCUUUGAGCCAUGCCAGCUGCUCAAGGACCACGCUAACGACCCCAGCAAAAAGUUCCACUCCUGAGUCGCCAACCACAGCUGUAGCGUCAUUUGUGAGGCGUCAUGGUGAAAUCAGGCUCUCGUCAAAAUGAUGCAAUCUAAGAAACACAUUUUCUACAGUUUGGGAAUUUUCAUCAAUUUUUUUUUUUAGCUCAAUACUUUUUGUGUGCACUUAAAACAUUCCUGUGUGGAAUUUACUGUAAAAAAGUUGCUCGAAUGCAUUUAAAAAAUGUAAAUUUGCGAUUUCCAAGGACUUAUAAUC